GGGACACGUUUUCAGAUGAGAGAUGUGGCACAUUUCUUGGAGGAUGAGCAGCUGACAUGCUAAAGGAGAGUGCAGCGGGGCAGACACGCUGCUUUUAAACCAGAUUCCACAAUUGUCAGGUGAAGAGUCCAAACUGCCUAAAUACAAGCCGUUUCCCCACCCAGGAGAUCAACCAUUAACUUCGACCUGAAUCGAACCAGGCAGAGCAUAAAUAGCGAUCAUUAUCCCCCUGCUGCCUACUUCUUUUCUGUGAGAGACAUGGGGUCAGGCGUCUACAUCAGCAAAGCGGUGGCUGUAGUCUGUGUGGUUGGAGCCAUCGGUGCUGUGGCCACCAUCAUAGCUCUGUCUGUGGUUUAUGCUCAGGAGAAGUCAAAGACUGACGUGACACUUCCAGCCUUUACCAGUACUGCUGCCACUCCAACCACAACACCCUCCACCCCGGGGGAGCUCUGGAAGAACUACAGACUUCCAGACUCCCUCGCUCCUGUUACCUACAAUGUGACCCUGUGGCCCCGGCUGGAGCUCAGCAAAGAGGGCCUGUACAUAUUCACGGGAGAGUCAGAGGUGGUCUUCAAAUGUGUGAGGAACACCGACCUCAUCAUCAUCCACUCCAACAAGCUGAACCUCACCAAAUUUGAGGGACACCAUGCCAAGCUCUCUGGCCUCAAUGGAGCCUCUGCGCCCACGCUGAAUAAGACCUGGUUGGAGGUUCCCACCCAAUACCUGGUGGUCCGGCUCAACAGCCCGCUGAAGGCCGGCAGCACGUACGCGCUCUACACUGAGUUCACUGGAGAGCUGGCUGACGACCUGGGAGGAUUCUACAGGAGUGAAUACAUGGAAGAUGGCGUGAAAAAAGUUCUGGCCACGACUCAAAUGCAGCCAACAGAUGCCAGGAAAGCCUUCCCCUGCUUCGAUGAGCCCGCCAUGAAAGCUGUCUUCUACAUGACUCUCAUACACCCAAAUGGGACAGUGGCUCUGUCCAACGGCAUGGAAAACGGGACUAUUAACAUCACUAAGAAUAACCAGAGUUUACUCCAGACGAGCUUCGAGCCCACAGAGAUCAUGUCAACCUACUUGCUGGCCUUUGUCGUAUGCGAAUUUGGUUUUAUACCACAACAAAACAAAACAAAAACUGCUGAUGACGUGUUCAUCAGAAUCUGGGCUCGCAAGAAGGCUAUAGAGGAGGGACAGGGAGACUAUGCCCUGGAGAAGACUGGACCCAUACUGGAAUUCUUUCAGGAAUACUAUGCCUCCCCUUACCCCCUGACCAAGUCAGACCAGAUCGCUCUUCCGGACUUCAGUGCCGGAGCCAUGGAGAACUGGGGUCUGAUCACCUACAGAGAAACUGCCCUCUUAUACAACCCUGCCGUGUCAUCCAAUGGAGACAAGGAGUGGGUGGCAACGGUCAUCUCGCAUGAACUCGCUCAUAUGUGGUUUGGGAACUUGGUGACCAUGAGGUGGUGGAAUGACUUGUGGCUCAAUGAGGGGUUUGCAACGUACGUCUCUUACCUUGGAGCAGAUAGGGCAGAACUAGAUUGGAACAUGAAAGAUUUAAUAGUUCUGAAUGAGAUCAUUGGUGUGAUGGCUGUGGAUGCCUUGGCCUCCUCCCAUCCCCUGUCAUCCAAAGAGGAGGACGUCCAGAAGCCAGAGGACAUCAGUCAACUGUUUGACUCCAUCACAUACAGCAAGGGAGCUGCAGUCCUCAGGAUGCUCUCAGAGUUUAUCACUGAGGACGUCUUUACUCAAGGGCUCCAAACAUACUUAGACGAGUUCAAGUACAACACCACAGUCUACACAGACCUCUGGACGCACCUGCAAACGGCGGUGAGCAAAAACAGCAUAACGCUGCCCCACUCUGUGGAGGAUAUCAUGAACCGCUGGAUCCUGCAGAUGGGCUUCCCUGUGGUCACCAUCGACACCCAGACUGGAAGUAUCACCCAGAAACACUUCUUGUUGGACCCAGACUCUGUACUAGACACGCCUUCAGAUUACAACUAUGAGUGGUUUGUCCCUGUUACGUGGAUAAAGACUGCUGGAGCCGAACAGCAGCACUGGCUUCUUGGCAAAAACGAAACAAACAAAGACUUUGUGCUGGGUGCUAAUGACUGGUUGGUGGCCAACAUAAACAUGACGGGCUUCUACAGAGUCAACUAUGACUCCAACAACUGGGAGCGCCUCCUCGCCAAGCUGAACUCCAAACAUGAGGAUAUCCCAGUGAUCAACCGAGCUCAAAUUAUCGAUGAUGCUUUCAACCUCGCAAGGGCAAAGAUUGUGAACACAACUCUGGCUCUGAGGACCACCCAGUUCCUCAUUAACGAGGUCGAAUACAUGCCCUGGCAGACAGCCAGCCGCAACUUGGACUACUUCUUCCUCAUGUUUGACCGCAGUGAAUUGUACGGACCCAUGCAGGCUUACAUAAACAAACAGGUCACUCCUCUGUUUGAGUACUUCAGAAACAUCACUAACAACUGGACAGAGAUCCCGAAAGGGCACACCGAACAGUACAACCAGGUGAAUGCGAUCUCCUUGGCCUGCAGCAGUGGAGUGGCCGGCUGUAAGGAGCUGACCACCGGAUGGUUCAGAGCCUGGAUGGAAAACCCAACGAAAAACACGAUUAGUCCAAACUUGAAGUCCACAGUGUACUGCAGUGCCAUUGCAGAGGGAGGAGUGAAGGAGUGGGACUUUGCUUGGUCCAUGUUUAAGGCGGCCACCAUCGCUUCAGAAGCUGAGAAACUCAUGUAUGCUCUGUCCUGCACCAAAGAGCCCUGGCUGCUGAACAGGUAUCUGCAGUAUUGCCUGGACCCAGAGAAGAUCCGUAAGCAGGAUGCCACCUCCACCAUUAUUAGCAUUGCUGGCAACCCCAUCGGUCAACCUCUGGCAUGGGACUUCAUCAGAGCCAACUGGGGCCAUAUAUACAAUGACUAUGGUGGUGGAUCAUUUUCCUUUGGAGGACUAAUCAGUGGAGUGACCAAACGAUUCUCCACUGACUUUGAUUACAACCAGCUGCUGCAGUUCAAAGAAGAAAAUGCAGGGCAGCUGGGCUCGACCACCACAUCUCUUGAUCAGGCACUGGAGAGAACCAGGGCCAACAUGAACUGGGUGGACACAAACAAGAGACAGGUGCUUGAGUGGUUCACCACUGAAGCGCGCGCUCAAGGUUAACACUCACCGCCGUGUAGUUUUCAAAUGUAAAUUUGACGGCUGACUUUUAAUCCACCCGCAGCCAGCUAUCUAUUAUUGUAAAUGUUCUUUUUUUAAAUGUAAAGUUUUGAUCAAGCAUUUUUAUGAAUAAAG